GAAUUUUGACUUCUGGCGUUCAAUUUGAAACUUUGACGGUUAUAAGAGAUUUAGAUUGUUUAUUUUGAAUUGUAUUUAGUUUAGUUGUUGAAUUGUGUUUGUCGGAUAGUAGCCUAAAGAAAGGAGACUCGUCUUCUCUAAUGUGGUGUGAAAUCUAUAUUCUGUUUAUGACUACGAGAACGAAUGUUUCAAAUAGAAGGAUGUAUCCGGAGACUCGCAUGUUUGAGUGAUCGGACACUUUUACGUUGAUAGUUACUCUACAUUGGUAACAACAUUAAGCGGAAAUUGCGAAAUAAGUUCCCUUACUAGUGGAAGAGGGCUAGAAGGAAGAUGGGAAAUUGUCCUUCCACCGGUCUUAAGGAAUUAUUUGAAGAGGUUAUCUCGAAUGAGAGUAAACACGACGCGGUAUUGCCAAGCAGUGGUACACCAGACAGGAUGACACUUAUUGAUCCGAGAUCUCCUUUGGUAGACGCAGAACGGACACCGAUCGAGAAAUGGAAUGGACAAAGAAUUCUACCACUGCCCCGGUUUCUGUGUACCAGGACGAAAACAUACUGAUAGAUACGGAACACCGCUGUACCGCAAAGAGGUGCUGUUCAAAUCGGCCGCACUCAGCCACGUGUCUGCUGAGGCAGAUGUAGAGACAGUGGAUGAUAACCACCAACAUAGAAGGCAGUUGGAUGAUCCCAGGUCCGCCACUGCCGGCAUACCGAGAACCCCUAUUUUGGUGGAAAGCCCAUCGGAGCUCAAGGGCGACAAUGCUGAGGCCGCUGUGGAAGUGUGUGCCGAUGUGGAGGAUGGGCAAAAAUUUCCAAAGCCUGCCGUUUCAGAUACUCCUGCCCAGGUCUGUGACGUGCCUCAGAAAGUUAUGGCAGUUGCAAAGAAGCUGACAUUUGACGUAUCUCCGUCACCGAGGAAAGUGAAAACAGCCGAAGUUACAUUGACGACCUGCAGUCGCACACCGCUGGCCCACGUCCCAGUGAAUAGCCGAAGUGAUACUCCGACCGGACCGAACGGCAACCGCCACGGCCGACGGACUUCUGCGAAGGCGCAGGGGCCGAUGUCGCCACUGCAGUUGCUCCACGUGCGGCAACGCCUGGCCGUGAAGCGGGCGUUGCAGCUCACUCGCAGGCAAAUGGAGGCAGAGGAGGAGAACUGUCCGCCUGUAGCUGUCGAGGGUGCCCACAGCGAGUUGGCAGCCCGGCCGAUAAAAAUUUCUGCACCUCCUACACUUGCUGCCAAGGAUAUGGCUCUUCGGUUUUGAUAUUUACACUGUGGCAGCGGAAAGAUUCUUGUGAUACUUUGUGUUUAUUCUUCUUAUCAGUGUCUGUCUAACAUGAAAAUUCUAUUUUUUGUAUGUUAAGUGUUGUAAACUGGUGGGGAGUAUUGAGUAAGAGGAUGAUUGUAGUGCAAUAUUAUCAAAGUACUCAUAUAAAUAUAUACAAAAUAUUAAAGCACUAAGCAUGAAUGACUGUAUAAUAAAUGAAGGAAGGUGUUAA